AUGGCAUUCCUGUGCAGCAUUCUUUCGUACAUUGGUGCGGUGGCCUUUAUGGUUGCUUCGUACCGUUUUGUGAACUUUUUGCGUGUUAACUACUUUUCCAGCACGGACCUGAAGCGAAAGUACGCGAAGGCUGGCGACUGGGCCGUUGUAACCGGUGCCACAGAGGGCAUUGGUCACGCAAUGGCGUUGGAGCUUGCCUGUCGCGGGUUUAACGUCUGCGUUAUUGCACGUACAAAGUCAAAGUUGGAUGAUGUGGUGGCAGAGAUUGAAAAGAAAGGUGUAUCGGGGAAGGCUAUUGUGUUUGACUUUGCUGCUUCUGGUGAAGAGGAGUACAAACAACUCUUCCAGCAGCUCCAGGGUCUUGGCAUCGCUGUGCUUGUGAACAAUGUGGGUGUGAACUACACCUAUGCGAACUACUUUGACGAGGCCGAUUUACAGGACGACUUGCGUAUUAUUAAAGUAAAUUGUGAAGCCACAGUUCGCAUGACAAAGUUUGUUGCCCCGCACAUGAAGGCACGCGGCGCUGGCGGCAUCGUCACACUUGCCUCCUUCACUUCCAUCGCCCCCGCCCCAAUGCUCGCGACCUAUGCCGGCAGUAAGGCGUUCAACAAGGCCUUUGGUGAGAGUUUGGCCUACGAGUUGGGCCCCGCUGGUGUGGAUGUCCUCGUGGUGACGCCAAACCUCGUCGUCAGCCGAAUGACACAAGGUGCCAGCAGCCGUAAGCCGAAGGAAUCAUUCCUCAUGGUUGGCGCUCCCGCCAUGGCACGUCAGACACUCAACAAACUCGGUGUUGUUACUUGUACCGCAGGUCACUCCAACCACGUCAUUCUGGAGAGCAUCACAAAGCUUCUGCCAAGUUCAUUCGUCGGCACCAAGGUUCUCAAGAUGCACCAGGGUAUCAAGAAGCGGGCAGAGCGCAAGCGUUCAGAAUAG